GGUUGCUCACUCUUCGAGAGCUGCGGUUGGGGAUUCUCACAUUGAUGGUUGCAAGGGGAGUAGUUAGUGUUCCCAGAGAGCGAAACUGUGCUGGGCUAGGAAAGUGUUGGAUUAACCUUAGACUUUACAGGGGCACAAACAAGAGAGGGAACUUUUGAAACAGCCAAACGGGACCAGACUUUUUUUCCUCUUGGAUAGGAGAGCGGACUCAAGUUUUCAUCAUGCCGGUUUUUCACACAAAGACGAUAGAAAGUAUCCUAGAGCCGGUGGCUCAGCAGAUAUCCCAUCUGGUGAUAAUGCACGAAGAAGGUGAGGUGGACGGGAAAGCUAUCCCGGAUCUCACGGCUCCCGUGGCUGCGGUGCAGGCAGCUGUCAGCAACCUGGUUCGGGUGGGGAAAGACACUGUCCAGACCACAGAAGACCACAUAAUGAAGAGAGACAUGCCUCCAGCUUUCAUCAAGGUGGAGACUGCGUGCACCAAGCUGGUGCAGGCGGCGUCCAUGUUGAAAGCAGACCCUUACUCUGUCCCUGCUCGAGAUUACCUCAUCGACGGCUCCCGUGGAAUCCUCUCUGGCACCUCUGACCUGCUGCUCACCUUCGACGAGGCUGAGGUUCGUAAAAUCAUCCGUGUGUGUAAAGGUAUCCUGGAGUACCUGACCGUGGCAGAGGUGGUGGAAUCCAUGGAGGAUCUGAUCACGUACACCAAGAACCUGGGACCUGGGAUGACGAAGAUGGCCAAGAUGAUUGACGAGAGACAGCAGGAGCUGACCCAUCAAGAACACCGUGUGAUGCUCGUCAAGUCUAUGAACACUGUCAAGGAGUUGCUACCUGUCCUCAUCUCAGGUAUCAAGAUCUUUGUGACGACCAAGACGUCCGGCAGCCAGGGAGUAGAGGAGUCUCUGAAGAACAGGAACUUCACCUUCGAGAAGAUGAGCGCUGAGAUCAACGAGAUCAUCAGAGUGCUGCAGCUCACUUCCUGGGACGAAGACGCCUGGGCCAAUAAGAAGGAUACGGAGGCCAUGAAGAGAGCUCUGGCGCUCAUCGACUCUAAGAUGACCCAGGCCAAGAGCUGGCUGAGGGACCCCGACGCCCAACCAGGGGAUGCAGGGGAACAGGCCAUCCGUCAGAUCCUGGAUGAGGCUGGGAAGGUGGGAGAGCUGUGUGCUGGGAAGGAGCGGAGGGAUAUCCUGGGAACAUCCAAAACCCUGGGGCAAAUCACUGACCAGGUGUCUGAGAUGAGGGCCAGGGGUCAGGGGGCAUCUCCUGCAGCCAAGCAGAAGGCCCAGCAGGUCUCCCAGGGCCUGGAUGUUCUCGCGGGGAAAGUGGAGAAUGCAGGCCGGAAACUGGAGGCCAUGACCAACUCCAAACAGGUCAUCGCCAAGAAGAUUGACGCUGCUCAGAACUGGCUGGCAGACCCUAACGGUGGUCCUGAGGGAGAGGAAAACAUUAGAGCUCUCCUGUCUGAGGCCAAGAAGAUCGCUGACAUGUGUGAAGACCCCAAGGAGAGAGAUGACAUCCUGAGGUCCAUCGGAGAGAUGGCUGCUCUCACCGCCAAGCUCUCUGAGCUCCGGAGACAGGGUAAAGGUGAUACUCCGGAGGCCAGGGCAUUGGCGAAGCAGAUAGCCACAGCCCUACAGAACCUGCAGUCUAAGACCAGCAAGGCUGUCGCCAACAGCAGGCCUGCCAAGGCUGCUGUCCACCUGGAGGGGAAGAUAGAGCAGGCCCAGAGCUGGAUGGAGAACCCCACCAUGGAUGACGGGGGAGUGGGCCAGGCAGCUAUCCGGGGGCUGGUGGCGGAGGGCCGUCGUCUGGCUAAUGCUCUGCCAGGUCCCUACAGACAGGAGCUGGUAGGGAAGUGUGAGCAGGUGGAACAGCUGAUGGCCCAGCUAGCCGACCUGGCCGCCAGGGGCGAUGGGGAGUCCCCGCAGGCGCGUGCCGUGGCUCAACAUCUCCAGGAGAGCCUGAAAAACCUCAAAGGAACGAUGCAGGAAGCGAUGACACAGGAGGUGUCAGACAUCUUUAGCGACACGACCACUCCCAUCAAACUGCUGGCUGUGGCCGCCACCGCCCCACCCAAUGCCCCCAACAGGGACCAGGUGUUUGAUGAGAGGGCGGCCAACUUUGAGAACCAUGCCAACAAGCUGGCUGCCACGGCAGAAAAGGCUGCCGCUGUAGGAACCGCUAACAAGAGCACUGUGGAGGGGAUCCAAGCUGCCGUCAAAUCUACAAGAGAUAUUACACCACAGGUGGUCUCUGCUGCCCGUAUCAUGCUGAGAAACCCAGGCAACCAGGCUGCGUUGGAACACUUUGAGACCAUGAACAACCAGUGGAUUGACAACGUGGAGAAAAUGACAGGUUUGGUGGACGAGGCUAUAGACACCAAGUCUCUGUUGGAUGCCUCUGAGGAGGCCAUUAAGAAAGACCUGGAGAAAUGUCGCGCUGCCAUGGCUAACCACCAGCCCCAGAUGUUAGUGGUAGGGGCCACCAGCAUCGCCCGUCGGGCCAACCGGAUCCUCCUGGUAGCCAAACGGGAGGUGGAGAACUCUGAGGAUCCUAGAUUCAGGGAGAUAGUGAAGGCAGCGUCUGAUGAGCUGAGCCGGACCAUAUCUCCCAUGGUGAUGAACGCCAAGGCUGUGGCUGGGAACAUCACCGAUCCAAGUCUGCAGAAGGGCUUCCUGGAUUCAGGCCAUAGGAUCCUGGGGGCCGUUGCCAAGGUGAGAGAUGCGUUCCAGCCACAGGAACCAGACUUCCCCCCACCACCACCUGAUCUGGACCAGCUGCACGUCAGCGACGAGCCCGCCCCACCAAAACCACCUCUCCCCGAGGGUGAGGUUCCUCCCCCCAGACCACCUCCCCCAGAGGAGAAGGACGAGGACUUCCCAGAGCAAGAGGUGGGAGAGAUGGUGAGCGAGCCCAUGAUGAUGGCCGCCAGACAGCUCCACGAGGAGGCCCGCAAGUGGUCCAGCAAGGGUAACGACAUCAUCGGUGCAGCCAAGAGAAUGGCCCUGCUCAUGGCUGAGAUGUCCCGUCUGGUGCGCGGUGCCGGUGGGAACAAGCGUGCCCUCAUUCAGUGUGCCAAAGACAUCGCAAAAGCCUCAGACGAGGUCACAAAGUUGGCCAAGGAGGUGGCCAAGCAGUGCACAGACAAACGCAUCCGGACCAACCUGCUCCAGGUGUGUGAGCGCAUCCCUACCAUCAGCACACAGCUGAAGAUCCUCUCCACAGUCAAGGCCACCAUGUUGGGUCGUACCAACAUCAGCGAGGAGGAGUCCGAGCAGGCCACAGAGAUGUUGGUUCACAAUGCCCAGAACCUGAUGCAGUCUGUGAAGGAGACGGUUAGAGAGGCCGAGGCUGCCUCCAUCAAGAUCCGGACGGAUGCCGGUUUCACCCUGCACUGGAUCCGAAAGACCCCCUGGUACCAGUAAGAAGAGACGGGCCCGACUGUUUGUUAAUUUUGCGUUCCGCAAAUGCCACUCUAUUCCCUAUGUAGUGCACUACUUCUGACCAGGAUCCGUACGUCUCUGGCUAAAGGUGGUGCAGUAUACUGUGUGAGGAAUGUGGUGCCAUUGGGGACACAGUUAUUCUGUUCCUCUGCCCAAAGCCCAGCCUGGUCAGAAGAAGAAAACAGCCAGACUCUCUGAGCAGUAGAUUUAAUGAACACAUACAUACUAAUUCCAAGCUACAAUGAGUGAAAAUGGCCACUUUUAAAAAGCCUGCCUGGUUAGGGUGAAAACCUUGAGUUAAUACUGAAAACACUAUUUAUCAGUCGAUGUCAAUCCCAUAUGUGUCUGUAAACAGUGACAGUUUUGUUCAAAUAUAAAGUAGAGGACUAUCCAAUGCAACUACAUGGUUCAGAAUGAUUCUUACUUGCAAUUUUUUUUUCUAAUUGUAUGUGAAAAAAAAAGAUGAAAAAAAAAAUAUAUAUAAAAAUAAAAAAAAUAAAUGAAAUGUGUUUUAAGAUCUUAUAUAUGAAAUCCCAGGUAUAUAUUUUUUGGAUUAGAGGUUUCUUUUCGUAUAGAGUAAGGUUAAAGGUGUACUAGUCUCAGUUAAACAAUGGUGAGAAGAGGGCCUUGAAGUAAAAAUUUGAAUAUUUUUUUUCCUUAGAAGGCCUUUUUUUUAUUUUUUAUAUAUAUAUCUUUAUACUGGUUCUUAAUUUCACUAUCUGCCACGUGUAGUCGUUCACCUUCGCUAGGACAAAGCACAUCUGCUCCAACUCAAUGGGAGUGAGUUCAAGAAUAUCAUAAUACUCCGUUCUACACAAAUAUAAUAGACUAUUCAGUGGUAUUACACUAUGUUAUAGAAACUAAAAAAAAAGAAACACUGUUCCUUGUUCUACAUUUUUAUUAAAUGGUGUGAUGGUUUUUGGUAGCUAUUUUUUUUAUUUUUAUUUUGUCAGUACUGCCAAAGAGUUUAUUCUAGCCUGGUCCCAGAUCUGUUUGUGGUCUUUGCAUCUACUUCAUUGUGCCAUGACAAUGAGUGACAGGGAGUCGGUGUGAUAGCACUAAACAGCCUGGCACUCAUGCUAGGUUUGUUCCACCAUUAACUUUUUCUGUCUUGGGGUUUUAUUAUAUCUGCAAUAUUGGAAAACCGUCAUGAUGAGCUCUUCAGACACAUUGGUUAGAGAAUGUCUUUAUUCACUUAGACCGUUCGCAAAUAUCUGUAAAGAUACUGGCAUUCAGCUCUAUAUACGUUUCUGGCUUGAUUGUUUUUGCUCACAUUGUUGCAUUGAGAUUACAUGUAGGCCUUAGGUCUGGUGAUCUCUACUUUGUACUUCUCAGUGAAACUAUAGCAAGCCAGUCUCCAUGUUUUUGCCUGACUAGAGGCCAGCUAUAGUGUAAUGUUUAAACUGUGUCUUGACCUAAUGUGGUGAAGGAUUAAUGAAUGAUGUAUCAAAUGCUUUGAAGAUAGAGUCUGGAGUGAUAGUCUGGGGGGGGAUAAAGAGUCUGGGUCUGGAGGAUGAAGAGGGAACAUAUUUAAGUCUAGUACUGGACAAAAAUGCAAGUGUUUUUUUUGGGGGGGGGGGGGGGGGGGGCUCUAGGACUAGGUUUAAUCCGGGAGACCACCAAUGUGUAAGUUUAAUACAUCACAUGAAACUGGUGAUGAGAUGUCAGCCUUCUCUUCCUCUCAUAUCUUCAAACUAAACAUUACACAGCUGGUACAAACGGUUGACGUUUUGAAAUGUUUUCUCUUGUGUCUGAAUAAUCCCAGAGCAGUUUGAAUGUGUACGAUUAUUGAGACCCUACAAAACCAUCUGAUGUGCCCUGUAAUAAAAAGACUGAUUGCAAAAAA